GGUUGCAAUCAUGAGCGACAAGGACGAAUUCAAGAGACUCAACGAUGAUCUGUCUCGAUUGCUGCGAGCGUCUGUCUUUCCUGGAGCCGUCUCCUCCUUUCCCAAGUCGUCGGUUACCCACGAGAUGCUAUCGCAAGCGGACCCUAUGAACGAAGAGUUCCGCGUUGAGAAGACGCACUUCAGCAAGAAGUACGACCUCAAAAACUUCAUGGAGGCAGAGUUUGCUAGAAGGAAUCUGUUCAAACAGGUUGCCAAGGAGAGCAAGCAAUAGCCGGGAUAUUCUUUUUGUACAUAAUCUUCACCCUAGUGACAACAUCUAAUUUCUAACAAUUUUGUUUGACGGAGCGAAUCCUGCCAACCAGAAGCGUCUCUCCACCACCACUCCCCUUAAUCUCGCGAAGAAACGCACAGAAAUUCUACAAGUAAUACCUACCAAGACCCGCUAUGAGACCCAAACGCUGCAAUCUCCCUAUAUGUACAUUCUCUCUUCACUUGACGACGUGCCCCAUCAUCUUCGUCAGGAUAUGCUCGGGGUUUUCUCCGUGCUUCCUCCUCGGCACACCACUCCACUUCGAGCUGCGGCUGAGCUGGUCAGCCUGUAGCUGUCUGGCCUCCAGCUUCAUCUCAUCCAAAUUCCGAGAAAUCUGCAUGACGGCAACCCACUUCUCCCCUUUCGUCACAGGCAGAGAGGAGGACAAGGACGAGGAAUCAAAAUCGUGCUGCCGUUGCCUGUGAGCAAGGACGUUGUACAGGAUGAGAACUGAAUUAGAAGGAGGCUUCAUCGACAGUGCUGACUGCGUUUUUCCUUCGACCC